UGUUGAUUCAAAUUAAUAGAAGCAAGGUCGAAUAAUGUAUACCUUAAUUGCGUUCUCAAUUAUACUGAUUAUAUUAUCAUUGAUACAAUUUUUAUACAAUAAAUGGACAUUUUGGAGCCGUCAGGGUAUACCACAAGACUUGUCCUCUCGUACUGGACAACCGUAUCAGUUGGUAGACCCCGAGGCUCACCGAAAACAUGGAAAAGUGUUCGGUUUUUAUGAGGGCCUGAGACCAUGUCUGUCCAUAACGGACACCAAUCUAAUACGGAAAGUGUUGGUCACGGAGUUUCAUAGUUUCGUGAACCACAGGUUGCUGACCGACCCGAGCGAGAUCAUAGACUACGGAGUAUUCUUUGCGCGAUACCCGCAGUGGAAACGCGUCCGCGCGCUACAGAACCCCUUGUUUUCGGGGGGAAAACUAAAAUCCGUGAAACCCAUGAUCGAGCAGAUUUUGGACGAACUGUGCGCCAAACUCGAGCCCAUGGCUGCCGGCGCUCAGGUGAUCGAUAUGCGCACGUAUUACGACGCGUUCACGUUUGACGUCAUAUGGACGAUGACUACCGGCGCCAACGCCCGGGCCAUCCAGAAUCCCCAUAAUAACCCGCUGUUCGACGCCACGAGGAAAGUCUUCCAAAAGGAUCAAGAGAUCAGAGAUUGGGUGGUCUUCUUCUUGCCAUUCACGAGACGAUUCAUGAAAAUCACGUUUUUUGACUCGAAAAUCGUGUCACUAAUCGGCCGAUCCAUAAGUCACGUGAUCGAUGAGCGUAUGGACAAGAAUAUAGUUGUUCCCGAUUUGCUCCAACACCUCAUCGACACCAAGUUAACCGUCGACGAGGUGUUGGGCCAGAGUAUGAACAUGUUAGCGGCCGGGUAUGAGACAACUGCCACCCAAUUGUGUUUCAUAACACGACUACUGGCGCUCCACACUCACCAUCAGAACAGACUCUACAAAGAGAUUCGAAUCGAGAGAAUCACUACAAAUGCACGCGAUUUGGACGGCAUAUACCUGCCAAAGGACACGCCUAUUAUAAUACCCAUUUGGGCCCUACAUAUGGACCCGGAUAACUUCGAGGAUCCUGAGCAAUUUAGACCGGAUAGAUUUAUGCCCGAGAAUCGACACCUGAUUAAGGACUACACACUCCUGCCGUUCGCUACCGGCCCUCGUAAUUGUAUCGGUCGUAAAUUUGCCAUGAUGGAGUUGAAGUAUUGUUUGGUCAAAAUGUUGUCCAAAUUUGAGUUCCAGGCCUGUGAGAAGACCAAGUGUCCGUGGAUAGACACUGACGUGUGCAUCGGUGUCGAUGAGAAACUGCUUUUGGACAGGCUGUCGGUGAGGAAUAGACGACGGCUUUCGAAUUGGGGAUCAGUAUUCGUCUACUGA